CAGAGACUGCGGACACAGUACAGGAGAUGACCAGAGACUGCGGACACAGUACAGGAGAUGGACCAGAGACUGCGGACACAGUACAGGAGAUGGACCAGAGACUGCGGACACAGUACAGGAGAUGGACCAGAGACUGCGGACACAGUACAGGAGAUGGACCAGAGACUGCGGACACAGUACAGGAGAUGGACCAGAGACUGCGGACACAGUACAGGAGAUGGACCAGAGACUGCGGACACAGUACAGGAGAUGACCAGAGACUGCGACAUGGCACAGAUGACUUGGGCAGAGAUGUUCUGACACAAUAAAGAAAUUAACGGAGACUG